GAUUCGGCGAUCUUCUUCAGCAGCGCGCCGCGUCUGCUCGGCUGCGGUGUGGACUGGUGCUGGUCGGCUGGGGCCGUUGUGCUUGGUGCCGCGGCCAGAGCUGAGCGGUUCCUUUCAGUGAGAGAGAGUGGUAGCUGCCUCGCUUUCCCGCCCGCCGGAAUCGGCCCUCCCGUGACUCCGCAGAGCCGCGGUGCACCAUGCAUCCCGCCAUGAAGCAGAAACAAGGAGGGACCCACAGGCACAUGAAGAACAGCCCUGUCCCGAGGAGGACUCUGAAGAUGAUCCAGCCCUCCACCGCCGGGACCCUGGUGGGACGGGAGAACGAGCCGGUUAAAGGCUUGUCCAAAGCGAAGCACUGGGAUGGCCUGUCGGCCUCUAAGAAGUCCAGCCCCGGAGUUGCUGCUGUCCCGGAGCCCAGUGACAUUGGAGGGGUCACUCAGGAAGCGUUUGACCUUAUGGUUACAGAAAAUCCGUCCUCUCAGUACUGGCAGGAAAUGGCCGAGCGGCGGAGAAAGGCACUCCAUGAAGCACUUCAGGAAAAUGAGAAACUUCACAGAGAAAUUGAACAAAAGGACAAUGAGAUCGCCCGCCUGAGGAAGGAGAACAGGGACCUGGCCGAAGUGGCGGAGCACGUGCAGUACCUGGCAGAGCUGCUGGAGAGAAUGAAAGGCAGACGCCUGGCAGACUCUGGAUCACCAGAGAGUCAGGACUCCGAUUCCGAAGAGGAAGCUGGCGAGGAUUCCGAAGUGGAGGACUCGGGAGCCGAGGGCUGCGCCACAGAAGCUGAGUCUUCCUUCCCAGACGCAGGGUCGCCCUGUGCGUGAGGGUCGGGAACAGUCGACAUGAGAAACACGCCAGCCAAGUUCACCUCCACUGCAGUUCUUUGUAGCCGAGCAAACACCUGCACACUGCAGGCUUGAGAUCGAACUUCUUCGUUUGAAUCCUGGGACCCCGAUGUUGUAUCAAAGUACAAAUACUAUGUAUUUUUAUUCUGUGGCGUUUUAUGUAAAUAACGUUUUCUCAAUGUCAGACACGACUUGCGUGUGUGAUAAAUAAACUUCAGUGUCCUUUUGA